CAGUAAGUUUAACCCAAAGGUACAGACAAAAAAACGAGAUGCCUAGGAAAGCAGACAGACUCCAUACGUUGGCACGUGGACGUGUUCGUAUGUCGAUGAACAAAAAGAACUUGUACAACCUCAUCAAGAAACCCGAAGCAACAUACACUGGUAAGACCCUUUACCAACAAAAGUACUUGGCCAAGACCGAGACAAGAGGAUACCAUGGAGAACACAUAAACGAAACCCGCUGGAAGCAAUUAUUCUCACCAGGGUUGAAAUCGAACGUACAAUUGGACGCCACCAUGCGUGGAGCCGCCGGCCAAAAACACACUCCUAUGGUGUUGCAAACCUUCUCCCCCUUGGAGAAACGAUUGGAAAUCGCCAUUUUCCGAGCCAUGUUUGCCAGUUCCGUCAGACAAGCCAGACAAUUUAUCAUGGGUGGCCAUGUCAGCGUUAAUGGUGUCAAAAUUAAACACCCUUCAUUCCCAUUGAAAAGCGGAGAUGUGUUCCAUGUUGACCCAGUCAAGGUACUUUAUGCCCUUGGUAAGUCCAAGCCAAGUCUUGAACAAGCCCUUGAAAUCGAUAAUUCUCAAAUCACCCAAUACAACAACUACGUAGACAGAGCACAAGCCGACUCAAAGGGAGAAUGGGAAAAGUUACAAAAGAAGAAUUCCUUGAACAGUAUUGCUAAUUUGGAAAAGAAGGAAAGAGAAAAGCUUGAACUUGUGGAAAAGAGAAAACAAAUGAAGUCAGCCCAAGAUGAAAUCACCAGGGAAUCCAUCCUUCUCGACAUUUUACAACUUGGAUCUGCUGCAACUGCCCCAGUCACCGCUGAAACAUUUGCUAAAUACGGCCCUCACAACAGCAAGAAAUGUUCCGACAUUUUCCAAAAAGUUUCCAAGAACGCCAAGGACAUUGUUGAAAAACCAACCUUAGCUUCCGUCAAGGAAUUUGUCAACCCCGAUGAAACCCAAAAGGCCAACCAACCAGACUCAGUCAAGCACGUUGCCAGAUCCAUCAAGGCGCAAUUGACCGAAUUGCAAAAAUCACAAUGGGCCGAAAUUCGUCGUGAGAUCGAAUCUGCUGAAAACACCGGUGCUGCCCCAUACGACCCAACCUACGCCUCCAAACUCACAAAAGUUCCUUUGUUGAACAAGGAAGAAAUCUUGGAAGACGAAUCCAAUGCUGUUGUCGAAUUGCCAUGGCAAAAGCACUUGCAUGGAAGACAAGACCCAAGCAAGCCUUACUUCACCCCUUGGUCUCCUAGAGGGUUCUUGGGCUGUUUCUCGAUCUUGCCUCAUCACAUUGAAGUGUCGUUUGACACUUGUCAUGCCGUGUACUUGAGAGAUCCAAUUGCCAGACCAGGUCAUUCCGAGGUUAUUUCUCCAAGUCCAGAACAUGUUCAUGAAAGAGCAUACAUGUACUACAGAAGAAAAGGGAUGUAAGUCCUUCUUGUAUAUAAGUUAUUGUAAUUAGCUACCAAAUAGAUAUAUUUGCACCAAACGAUUACUAAAUUAUUAACACUUAAAACUGCUAGAAAGAAUAUGUCUUUUACAUAUAAUAUUAUCUUGAAGUGUAUUUUUGCAGCCAGUGCUAAACAACAAUAACAACAACAACAAAAAAUAUACUUACAUAUCUAUAUAAUAGACUGUCCGUACUUAGGUGGUGCCAACGUGUCGUCGGUAAUCACAUUCCAACAAUCUCUUGCAAACGCAGCCCACUGAUCAAGAGGAACCUUGAUAGUACUAGCAUCUAACAUGGUAUUAGACAUCAAGUGACCACGAACCUUAUCAAGCUCAGAAUUAGACCCCGGCC